GGACAACUCGACGCGACACGGCAACACACGAGCAACGAACUCGGAAAGUCUCCCAUGAACGAACUCCUUUCACCGUCGUUCCUCGGUAGAACAGACUGCCCAUCGUCCCGCCAUCCCGGCCAACAAGUCCAUUCGAGCAUGGGGUCCGAAUCCACUCUAUCGAACCUUCUACGCCGACGGAUCAUGCGCAUUUCCCACCGCCGACGUUGAUCUUCCAUCCAACCUUGGGAAGGCAGAUGGGAUGGGCAAGAUGUAUACUUACCUUACCUCCGCAGUGACGAUCUGUCGAAACCAUCUCCGUGAAAUAACAUCCAAAUUAAGGAACAUUCGGAGGAUUUCUGAUCUAUAGAGGUAGCAAUGCUCAAUGGCGCGCCUUGCUCCUCGCAUCCGCUGUGGAGACCUCGGAGGGAACGAGUCCGACCCAGGACGGGGACAGCUCCAACGGCCGCCAACGGGGCCAAGCAUCAGCUACACAGUGAAAAAAGGGGCCAGCUACACACAACCCAAGUCUUGGCCAUACCUCCUCGAGAGGCAUCUCGUUGCCGCUUGUUGCUGACCGCAACGGUGCAUGGUCGUACUGUGCAAGGAGCAUGGCCAUCUCGUCAAGUCUGGUGUUCUCGCGGGACACCUGAGUGCUAACUUCAGCGAGGUAGUAUCAUAGAGACAGGAACGGGUUCUAGAUUUCGGAUCCCUCCACAAUCUUAUGUGCUGUCAUGGUCUUACCAUGGCUCCAUGGCUCACGUGGCAGCGAGGCGCGCUUCCGUACCCAGCCGUCUGGGGGUGACCCGGGGUGAUCUGGGGUGACCUUCUGGGGAACCUGGAGAUGAGGGGGCAACCUUCGCGCCAACCCGAGUCCGACCAUCUCACUCCAUCCUCAAAAACAUGAUAAAGGAUGAUACCGCCGCCGUGGCAACACCCUUCCCCUCUUGCUCCUCAGCCAGUCCCGUCUUCUCUCCAUCGUGCCGAGUAAGAAUUGCCAUGGUCGUCCACUGUUGACCUGUCCUCAACUCCCUCAUCGACUGCCAGACGACACAGGAAGAGGGCCUAGCACGUCCAGAUCAACACCCAUACCAUCACCGACAUCCUCAAAGACAUCCAACAUGUCGUCUCACGGCUCCCAUGACGGGGCCAGCACCGAGAAGCAUCUUGCUACUCAUGACAUUGCGCCCACCCACGACGCCAUCAAGAUAGUGCCCAAGGGCCAUGGCCAGACAGCCACAAAGCCCGGUGCCCAAGAGAAGGAGGUCCGCAACGCCGCCCUAUUUGCGGCCAUCAAGGAGUCCAAUAUCAAGCCCUGGAGCAAGGAGUCCAUCCACCUCUAUUUCGCCAUCUUCGUCGCCUUUUGUUGUGCAUGCGCCAACGGUUACGAUGGUUCACUCAUGACCGGAAUCAUCGCUAUGGACAAGUUCCAGAACCAAUUCCACACUGGUGACACUGGUCCUAAAGUCUCUGUCAUCUUUUCUCUCUAUACCGUUGGUGCCAUGGUUGGAGCUCCCUUCGCUGCUAUCCUCUCUGAUCGUUUUGGCCGUAAGAAGGGCAUGUUCAUCGGUGGUAUCUUUAUCAUUGUCGGCUCCAUUAUUGUUGCUAGCUCCUCCAAGCUCGCUCAGUUUGUCGUUGGCCGCUUCGUUCUUGGCCUCGGUAUCGCCAUCAUGACCGUUGCUGCCCCGGCCUACUCCAUCGAAAUCGCCCCUCCUCACUGGCGCGGCCGCUGCACUGGCUUCUACAACUGCGGUUGGUUCGGAGGUUCGAUUCCUGCCGCCUGCAUCACCUAUGGCUGCUACUUCAUUAAGAGCAACUGGUCAUGGCGUAUCCCCUUGAUCCUUCAGGCUUUCACGUGCCUUAUCGUCAUGUCCUCCGUCUUCUUCCUCCCAGAAUCCCCUCGCUUCCUAUUUGCCAACGGCCGCGACGCUGAGGCUGUUGCCUUUCUUGUCAAGUAUCACGGCAACGGCGAUCCCAAUUCCAAGCUGGUGUUGCUCGAGACUGAGGAGAUGAGGGACGGUAUCAGGACCGACGGUGUCGACAAGGUCUGGUGGGAUUACCGCCCGCUCUUCAUGACCCACAGCGGCCGCUGGCGCAUGGCCCAGGUGCUCAUGAUCUCCAUCUUUGGCCAGUUCUCCGGCAACGGUCUCGGUUACUUCAAUACCGUCAUCUUCAAGAACAUUGGUGUCACCAGCACCUCCCAACAGCUCGCCUACAACAUCCUCAACUCCGUCAUCUCCGCUAUCGGUGCCUUGACCGCCGUCUCCAUGACUGAUCGUAUGCCCCGCCGCGCGGUGCUCAUUAUCGGUACCUUCAUGUGCGCCGCUGCUCUUGCCACCAACUCGGGUCUUUCGGCUACUCUCGACAAGCAGACUCAAAGAGGCACGCAAAUCAACCUGAACCAGGGUAUGAACGAGCAGGAUGCCAAGGACAACGCCUACCUCCACGUCGACAGCAACUACGCCAAGGGUGCCCUGGCCGCUUACUUCCUCUUCAACGUCAUCUUCUCCUUCACCUACACUCCCCUCCAGGGUGUUAUUCCCACCGAGGCUCUCGAGACCACCAUCCGUGGCAAGGGUCUUGCCCUUUCCGGCUUCAUUGUCAACGCCAUGGGCUUCAUCAACCAGUUCGCUGGCCCCAUCGCUCUCCACAACAUUGGCUACAAGUACAUCUUUGUCUUUGUCGGCUGGGAUCUUAUCGAGACCGUCGCUUGGUACUUCUUUGGUGUCGAAUCCCAAGGCCGUACCCUCGAGCAGCUCGAAUGGGUCUACGACCAGCCCAACCCCGUCAAGGCCUCCCUAAAAGUCGAAAAGGUCGUCGUCCAGGCCGACGGCCAUGUGUCCGAAGCUAUCGUUGCUUAGACAGGCGACAAGGAAGCGUCCGACCACCACAGCGAGUUUCCUUGCAGGUCUUUCAAAAAGCCUCAAGUGCGCCCGUCCCUAUAUGAUAUAGGAGGACGGUGAGGCAUGUACAAUAUAUUAUAAUGAGCGUCAUGUUGUGAUGGCUGCGGGUGGAUUUAGCAAGCAAGCAAGCAUAAUGUAUUAAUGAAAUGUAAUGUCUUUAUUAUAUUU